CACGUUACACGCGAAACAAGCUAACGUGCCGCCGCGUAAACGCUACCUUAUUUUCCGUUUCCGCUACGCGUCGUCGUCGUCGAGUUUUCCAACGGAACUCCGAAAAUCCGAACUCGCGUUCAGCAUACCGGUGAGCCCCGCUCUCAAGUGCCUAACUAACGCUUAAUUAUUCAACUGUUGAUCAAAGAAGACUCGGCAAGGAGUAGAAGAAGAUAUGUUUUAAUAAUUCAAACUACGCGCCGAAUUGAGAGAUUUAUACAAGAGGCGCAGAACAAAAAUCAAAAUUGCUUAAAAGGAAAAAGAAAAUAAGGCCUAAACACCUGAGCACCUUUUUACUGAGACGUAUUUUCUAUACUAUAAAGGUUCUAAUAAAUUAUCCUUAAACAAUAGUGCAAUAAAAUAUAUACCACGUAGGAGAUAGUAUAGUAGCUGCCUUAUUAAAAUUGUCGCGCUGAAUCAAUAAAGCUGAAUUAUUAAUAUUGUAACGUUAAAGAGAUGUUUUAUAAUAAUAUUUAGUGUAUACAUUAGAGAAGAAAAGCCGUAGAAACAUAGUUUGCAAAAAAAUAGUGAUCGCAGUGAUUGUGAGUGACUUAUAGGAUUAACUCUUAACAUUUGGAUGCUCUGAGUCAGCUUCAAUGCAACACUUUUCCUGAUAUUGGCACCGAAUUGACAAGAUAUCACUCCAGGAGAAACGAAAAAUGGAAGAAGACGAAGAAGAAACCACCAUAGACCUUCCGUCCGAUAACAAUCUAAGAAAAACUUCGUCCACCGUCACCCUAACUCAACAAAAUCUUUCCCGAACCACUUCAACAUCAACAUUAGUUGCUGAAUCACUUAGCGCGUCAGACCAACAAUCUCCACCUAUUGACACCGACGAUGAACCCUCCACUCAAACCAUUAUAGCAGAGCAAUGCAUCAAAACAGCAACGUUCAAACAAGUCACCAAGCAAACAGCAGCUGUUACCACUUCUGUAGUGCCUCAAUGUCAAAUCGUUACACAACAGGCCAGCGGGGACUCUAUGGAAUCUGAGUCUGAAAGUGUAUCGCUCAAAGCUAGCCCAAAGUACUCUUUGUUAAAUACGCCGCAUUCUAGUUCGAGCCAAGAAGACUAUGAGCCUGUCAAAGGUCAGUUUUUGACGGCCGGUAGACGUACUGAAACAGCUAGAAGUAUGGAGAGCUUGAAAACAUCAACACGAAGCUUUUUGAGUACUAGUGAAAGAGAUAUGAGGAAGGUGUUUUCCGAAUCAACGGAAGCUAAAAGUCUCGAGAGUUUUGAUCGGGAAAUGAUUUUAAAACGGCAUGCCGUAAGUGGCGAAGGUGCUAUGUUGUCAUUGAGUACUUCAGCUGAAAUAAGUGCAGAGAAAAAAAGAGGUUUAUGGUCUGGCAAAAUGCGAGUCCCUCAACAUUUAAGUUUGCCACCUCCAGCGGGGUAUUUGAGUUUGAGUCCCGGAGAAAGAAAACUCACCAUUCUUUCACCGCACUCACCUCACAGAGCUCCGGAGUUUAUGAGUUUGACGCAAGCAACUUUAAAAACGAGAAGAAAGAAAGCAACUAUAUUGCCUAGGUUAGUGCUACCACGAAGUGAUUCAGAUAUCAGCGAAGUGUUUUCAGAGCAAGGAUUAGAGGAUCUCUCGGAGGAAAGCGCUUUCGAAGGAAAAUUUGGCCGGAGAUUUUUAAGUUUCGAUGUGGAAAAUGGGGCCAGUCCUGGCAGAAGUCCUCUGGAUGGCAGCGCGUCGCCGUCGGCAGGUCUGGUGCUCCAGAACCUGCCCCAGCGGCGGGAGAGCUUCCUGUACCGGUCCGACAGCGACUUUGAAAUGUCGCCCAAGUCCAUGUCCAGGAACUCGUCGAUAGCCAGCGAAAGAUUCAAGGAACCAGAAAAUAUACUGGAUCGAUCUCAUGGGGAAGAUCUAAUUGUCACUCCGUUUGCACAAAUUCUUGCCAGUCUUCGCAGUGUUCGCAAUAACUUCCAAUGUCUCACCAACGUACCAUCCAACAAAUCCAGACGAUCUUCUGGAGCUGCCUCCGUUUCUACACCCCAACCACGAAAUUUAAACCCCGGAGAUGAAGCAUACUUGAAAUUAGCAAUGGAAACUAUGGAAGAACUGGAUUGGUGUUUGGACCAAUUGGAGACAAUUCAGACGCAUCGAUCUGUAUCAGAUAUGGCGUCAUUAAAGUUCAAGCGCAUGCUGAACAAGGAACUGUCACAUUUCUCCGAAUCGAGUCGUUCCGGCAACCAGAUCUCGGAGUACAUCUGCUCCACGUUCUUGGACAAGCAACAGGAACUCGACAUCCCGUCGCUGCGAGUCGACGAAAAUGUGGAACCGCCGAAGGGGGCCCAGCGCAAGGAGCGCCCCCGGGGCCCCACAACUAUGUCCCAGAUAUCGGGCGUCAACAGGAAACUGUGCCACACGAACUCGUUCACCGGCGAACGGUUACCGACGCACGGUGUGGAAACGCCUUUCGAGGAUGAAUUAGGUAAAUGUUUGAUGGAAAUCGACCGUUGGGGCAUCGACAUGUUCCGGAUCGGCGAGAUGAGCAAUGAACGCCCCCUAACCUGCGUGGCGUACACCAUAUUCACUAGUAGGGAACUGCUGAAGUCGAUGAUGAUCCCGCCCAAGACUUUUAUCACGUACAUGAUGACCGUCGAGGAUCAUUACGUCAAAGAGAAUCCGUUUCAUAACUCUCUUCACGCCGCCGACGUCACUCAGAGCACUCACGUACUGCUCAACACUCCGGCGUUGGAAUCGGUGUUCACCCCCUUAGAAAUCACAGCUGCUCUCUUCGCAGCAUGCGUGCACGAUGUUGACCAUCCAGGUCUAACCAAUCAGUUUCUGAUCAACUCCAGUUCGGAAUUGGCGCUCAUGUACAACGACGAGAGCGUGCUGGAAAACCAUCACUUGGCCGUCGCCUUCAAGUUGCUUUCUAACGACGGAUGCGACAUCUUCCUCAACAUGACGAAAAAGCAACGCCAGACGCUGCGCAAGAUGGUCAUCGACAUGGUGCUCAGCACCGACAUGUCGAAACACAUGAGCCUGCUGGCCGACCUGAAAACGAUGGUCGAAACCAAAAAAGUGGCGGGCAGCGGUGUAUUGCUGCUCGACAACUACACAGACCGAAUUCAAGUAUUAGAAAAUCUGGUGCACUGUGCAGAUCUUAGUAACCCAACCAAACCCCUUCGCUUGUAUAGAUUGUGGGUGGAACGUUUGAUGGAAGAAUUCUUCCGGCAGGGUGACAAAGAACGGGAAGCCAGUAUGGACAUAUCUCCCAUGUGCGACCGGCACUCGGCCACCAUAGAGAAGUCACAGGUCGGCUUUAUCGAUUAUAUCGUGCACCCAUUGUGGGAGACCUGGGCCGAUCUAGUGCACCCUGACGCGCAAGACAUUCUCGACACGCUCGAGGAGAACCGCGACUGGUACCAGAGCGCCAUCCCUGCUAGUCCACCGGCUGAAGAAGAGCCCGGUGAUCCCCAGAGGUCAGGAAUACGCUUUCAAGUGACCCUCGAAGAAGGCGACGCCGAGUCCGAAUCGGAAUCGGCGGGUCCGAUGUGACGGAGGCUGGCCGGCCUCUGCAGGAAGCUCACCGAAAAGGUGACGCACUGGUGGCGCGCGCGACCGUAGAGCGCAGGCGCCGCGGUCGAGCGCCGGGCAGGUGCGCUGGCGCACCUCCCACCCCCUGUCCCCCACCCCUCAAACAGUAGCUGAUUAAUGAAUAUAGAGCAGGGCGAGAAGCAGUCGCGGCGGCGCGAGCGAGUCGGCCUCGGCGACGUUUUGCCUUAACCACGUAGAAGAAAAAGAAGACUCUUGUCUGGAAUCCCCCCUCUAUCUCUCUCUCUCUCUCUCUGCUGACUGUGCAUCUGUAAAUAAGCCAUCAUGUUGGGAUUUACUGAAAAUGUGUCUGUCAGUGUAAUACUCAGCCCCGUGUAUGUAUAGUACUAUGUGUCUUGUCAGCUAUAUUGUAAACACAAGAAGUAAAGCUCUCUCCAUUUUAGGA